GCAUGUGGAGCAGAUGCGCCUCGUCCGGAGGAGACGGGAGCAGCUGAAGCUUCUGGGGGAUUACCUGGGCCUGUGCCGAAGUGGGGCCCUGAAGGAGCUGAGCAAGAGGCUCAACCACAGGAAUUACCUCUUGGAGUCUCCCCACAAGUACAGUGUCGCUGACCUCCAGCAGAUCGCGGACGGGGCGUACGAAGGGUUCCUCGAUGCCCUGAUCGGAUUCGCCUCCCAGCAUGUCUACCACUGUGACCUGUGCACCCAGCGUGGCUUCAUCUGCCAGAUCUGCCACCACCAUGACAUCAUCUUCCCCUUCGAGUUUGACACCACCGUCAGGUGCGGCGAGUGCAAGACCGUUUUCCACCAGAGCUGCCAGGCCGUGGUGAAGGGGGGCUGUCCCCGCUGUGCCCGCCGGCGCAAGUACCAAGAAAGGAGCGCUCUCCUCUAAGCCGCUGCGCCAUCCCCGGCCCGAGACUGUGGAGCAGCGGCUCGCUGGCAGCCCGGCCGCCUGUGGCAUCAGCCUGCAUACUCUCGAGGUGUCCCAGCCGUGUCCCCUGCCGGGAGGACACAGAUGCGACCGGAGCACGAGCCUACCAGACGAAGCCCUCGAGGAUGUCGCCCAGUCCCUCUACCACCCGUCUGCUCCACAAGGUGGGGAUGCCAUCAGAUGCCCCCCCCCCCCCCCCCCGUCCCAGGGGAAGCGGGGAGGGGAGCUUUGCACUAACCAGGCCCCAGCUCACCUCACAGACACGGCACCUCCAUCAGGGCUCUUCAAACACUGUGGAAACCACACUUGGGCACGUGCUCAGUUCCACAUUCCGGAUUCAAAAAAGGUCUAGUUUUUUAAGGUGGGUUUUUUCCCUUCAUAUUUCAAUAGAAAAUAUUUUUUUAUUCUUGACCCUACACAAGUCACCCGAGAAAUCCAGACAUUCUCAUGCGGAGCAAACACGUGGGAACAUUUGGCCUGCGGGCCAAAGGCGGGUGGCUGGGUAGGCAGGCCGCCGCUGGGCCAGAACUGUCAGCUCUACGGGUGCCUUUCCUUCACUCGCGCCUGACACUGCUGCCCACGGCUCAAAUACGACAUGCCAAACCGCCCAGGGGCUGUCGGGGUCGGUCCGAUUACCACCCUCUUCCUCUCCCUCGCCUCUUUUCGCCCUACCCUGCCCUCCUCACCUGAAAAGCCCGUCACCUCUCUCCGCGUCAGAGCCCCCUGGCUCCGCCGUAGCCCGGGCUCUCGGUCCCUGCGGGAGAAGGGAGGGACUCGGAACCAGCACUGUGAGCACUUUGAGCCCUCGCUUGGUCCAGGGCCGGGUCAUCAUCUUGCCCACCCCUCAGCCCCGUGCCCUCCUCACCUACAGCAGACCCAAAGCCAGCCGGGCGGGGCUGCUGCAGACACACUCUCAGGGGGACACCCCCCACCCCCCACCGCCUGACUGACCCCUGCUGGGACAGAGGAAGGCGGGGGGGCCCACAGAGAGGGCAGUGAGCCCAGGCCAGCCUGGGCACCGUGGAGCGGUGACCCCCGUCCUCCCAGGAAGAGUGCCAGCCGUGCUGCGGCGAUGUGUGGGGGCGGCCGCCUCGUGGGAGGGAUGCCUAGCCUCAGUUUACAAAGCCAUGAAUUCACAAAGCUUUGCUGGACUGGCCCGGAGGGGGCGCCACCAGAGACUAGAGAAUUUCCCUGGAGCACGAUUGCCUUUUGAAGGGGUGUGGGGUAGAGUGCGAGCCUGGAAUGGUUUGCAAAGUGAUGUUUAGACCCUGUGGUUUGGGAGCGAUUCCCCUGCUGCCUUCCCCCAUCUCUCCUGGACCCAUCACCCCCCUGACCCCCAGCCCUGGGCCCUCUGGCCAUCCUGUCAGCUCUCAGCUUGGAUUGGGGGCCUCAGGUGGAGACUGCCUUUCACUGUCAAGAGAUGAAUCUACUCCCACCUCUCCCCUGGGGUGAUUCGGCUGCUGAGUCACCUGCCCAGCCCUGUGUAGCUGGAUAAGUUGUGCAAUAGAAGAGAGGAGGUGGUAGGCAGGUGGGGGAGGGGGCUGCCACACAGCCUGUCUGUCCCCUGUCACGGAAACAGUACGCACCUAUGCCCGGCACACCAAAGCCUCCUAAACGGGGAAGCGGAUCCCUAUCCUCAGCCCGCACCCCCACAGCCAGCAUUAAUGCCCCACCGCAGACCCAGCGCGGCCGGCCAGAGCCACAGAUGCCCCAGAUCCCCCAGUGGCCCAGAGCCGGCCUGGGACAGCGGGUGGUGCCGCCCAGGCCGGGCCUCAUCUCAGGCCCUUGAGAACAAUGUGCGCACCAGAAGGUGCCCUAGGAGGCAACAGGAGUGAGGCCCCAGAGGAGCUCGCUUAGGCUGUGUGGGGCUUGCGCCCCCCCCCCCUCCUCCUCCCCCUCCACCCCCACCGGGGAUUAGCAGCAUUAACUACAACUCACCCUCUCCCCAGUACCAGAAAGCUGCUGAUGCUUCCCGAUGAGUUGACUCUUACCCUCUCACCUCCAAUGGAAAGCUGAUGUGAACCUCAGUGGUGCCCACACUAUUUUUAAAACGCCAUUUUAUGCAAUAAACUGUUUUCUAGUGAGGCGCAUUGGCCCCGAACGGCGCUUUGCAAUGUACUGAAGGAACUGCUGCUGUGUGAUUUUUGAAUGAUUUUGCAGUAAAGACCUGAUCUUUCUCA